UGUGUGCGGUGGGGUCUUUUUGUGUGUGUGAAUGAGUUUAGGCUGGAUGCCUGCACUCUCUGUUUCCCAUCAGCGCAAAGUGAGAGCAGAUGGAAGGCUGAAAAGUGAGAGAAAGGAGGAGGAGAAAGAAAAUAAGAGGGCAAGACAAAGAGGAGGAGACUCUUUAGCUGACUUUGGUGAUCUCUGGCUGGAGAAAGGAGUGCCUUGUUAGACCUGCUACACACACUGCGAUGUCACCGUAGGACGCUUACGAGAAAUGAUGAUUAAUCCUUGAAAAAGAAGAAAGGAAGCCAUGUCAUUCUUUGGCUUAGACUGUACGCGGAAGAAAGAGACAGAGGUGGAGAGGAAAAUCCGAGCAAAUGACAGAGAAUAUAACUCGUCCUUCAAAUAUGCUACCAAUUCCAUCAAGACCUCCAAGUACAACCCCUUCACUUUUUUGCCUCUCAACUUGUUUGAGCAGUUCCAGAGGAUCGCCAAUGCCUACUUCCUCUUCCUGCUUAUCCUACAGGUUAUUCCUGCUAUUUCCUCUCUAUCUUGGUUCACCACUGUCGUCCCUCUAGUGUUAGUAUUAUCAGUGACGGCAGCCAAAGAUGCCACCGAUGAUAUUAAUCGCCACAGAAGUGACAGGAAGGUGAAUAACCGUAAGGUGAAUGUGCUUAUCAAUGGAAAACUGAUAAGUGAGAAAUGGAUGAAUGUGCAAGUUGGAGACAUCAUAAAGUUGGAAAACAACCAGUUUGUCACAGCAGAUUUGCUCCUGUUGUCUAGCAGCGAACCGCUCAACUUGAUCUACAUUGAGACUGCAGAGCUGGAUGGAGAAACCAACCUGAAGGUUAAACAGGCUCUGACUGUAACGGGAGACAUGGGGGACAAUUUAGAAGCUUUGGCUGAAUUCAAUGGGGAGGUGUGCUGUGAGCCUCCUAACAACCGUCUGGAUCGAUUUACAGGCACACUGACAUUCGGCACGCAGAAAUACUCUCUGGACAACGAGCGAGUCCUGCUCAGGGGCUGCACUCUUAGAAACACAGACUGGUGCUUUGGCCUGGUGCUAUUUGCAGGCCCAGAGACCAAGUUGAUGCAAAACUGUGGCAAAAGCACCUUUAAGAGGACAAGCAUUGAUCGACUCAUGAAUGUACUGGUGCUCUUUAUUUUUGGGCUUCUGGCUCUGAUGUGUAUUAUUCUGGCUGUCGGAAAUGGGAUUUGGGAAAACCAUGCAGGGUCAAAGUUCAAUGCCUUUCUUCCUCGAGAAGAGAACAUAGCAUUUUCAGCGUUCCUCACUUUCUGGUCCUACAUUAUAAUCCUCAACACUGUGGUGCCCAUCUCACUUUAUGUUAGUAUGGAGGUGAUUCGGUUAGGCAACAGUUACUACAUCAACUGGGACAGGAACAUGUAUCAUGCUCGAACUGGCACGCCAGCUGAGGCUCGAACCACAACACUCAACGAAGAGCUCGGUCAGAUCAAAUACAUCUUUUCAGACAAAACCGGCACGCUCACCCAGAACAUCAUGACCUUCAACAAAUGCUCCAUCAACGGGAAAUCUUAUGGAGAUGUUAUUGAUCACUAUAGCGGACAGAGGCUGGAGAUCACAGAGGAAAUGACACCAGUGGAUUUCUCCUUUAACCGGCUUGCGGACCCAAAAUUCCUCUUUUAUGAUCACAGUCUGGUAGAGGCUGUAAAGCUGGAGCUUCCAGAAGUUCAUGCUUUCUUCAGAUUACUAGCUCUCUGUCACACUGUUAUGGCAGAAGAGAAAAAGGAGGGUGAUCUGGUGUACCAGGCCCAGUCUCCUGACGAGGGCGCUCUGGUCACAGCCGCACGUAAUUUCGGCUUUGUGUUCCGCUCGCGCAGCCCUGAGACCGUGACCAUAGAGGAGAUGGGGAUUCAGAGGAGCUAUGAGCUGCUAGCCAUCCUUGACUUUAACAAUGUGCGAAAAAGGAUGUCUGUGAUUGUUCGUAAUCCAGAAGGCAAACUCUCGCUGUACUGUAAAGGAGCAGACACUAUCAUAUAUGAGAGACUACAUCCCUCCUGCAGCAAACUGAUGGAGGUCACCACAGAACACCUCAAUGAGUUUGCAGGAGAGGGGUUGAGGACACUUGUUCUAGCAUAUAAGGAUUUGGAUGAGGAAUAUUUUUCAGAGUGGAAACAGCGCCACCAUGAGUCCAGUGUGUCGCUGGAGGACCGGGAAGAGAAACUGGACAAACUAUAUGAGGAGAUAGAGAAAGAUAUGAUGUUAAUUGGGGCCACAGCCAUAGAAGAUAAACUUCAGGAUGGAGUUGCUCAGACCAUUGAACAGCUGGCCAAAGCAGAAAUCAAAAUCUGGGUGCUCACCGGGGACAAGCAAGAGACCGCUGAGAACAUCGGCUACUCGUGUAACCUGCUGAGGGAGGAGAUGAACGACGUGUUUAUUGUUGCAUCUAACUCACCGGAGGAGGUCAGACGGGAGCUGAGGGAUGCCCGACUAAAGAUGUCUCCUGAUACUGAACAAGAUAAAUUUCUUAUUCCUGAGAUUAUCCUGGGUAAUACACCUAAAGUGGUUCAGGAUGAAAACGUAAACGGAGAGUACGGACUGGUGAUAAAUGGACACAGUCUGGCGUUUGCUCUGGAGAGCAACAUGGAGCUGGAGUUUUUGCGGACGGCGUGCAUGUGCAAGACGGUCAUCUGCUGUCGGGUGACUCCUCUGCAGAAAGCUCAGGUGGUGGAGCUCGUCAAGAAAUAUAAGAAAGCGGUCACUCUAGCCAUAGGAGACGGAGCCAAUGAUGUUAGCAUGAUUAAAGCGGCUCAUAUCGGUGUGGGUAUCAGCGGUCAGGAGGGGAUGCAGGCAGUACUGUCUAGUGACUUUUCUUUUGCUCAGUUCCGUUUCCUGCAGCGCCUCCUGCUGGUACAUGGGCGCUGGUCAUACCUGCGCAUGUGCAAGUUCCUGCGUUACUUCUUCUAUAAGAACUUCACCUUUACCUUUGUGCACUUCUGGUACGCAUUUUUUUGCGGAUUUUCUGCUCAGACAGUAUAUGAUGAAGGCUUCAUCACUUUGUAUAAUUUGGUAUACACUGCCCUGCCUGUUCUGGGAAUGAGUCUGUUUGACCAGGAUGUGAAUGCUGGCUGGAGUCUCGAGUUCCCUCAGCUGUAUGUGCCCGGGCAGUUGAGCCAGUACUUCAGUAAACGUGCUUUCAUGAUGUGUGCACUUCACAGCUGUUACAGCUCUCUGGUGCUGUUCUUUGUGCCUUACUAUGCCGUAUAUGACACAGUGAGAGACGAUGGACGAGAUGGUGCAGACUAUCAGUCGUUCGCUCUGAUUACUCAAACCUGCCUCACCGUCACUGUGUGUGUACAGUUGGGGCUGGACCUCUCAUAUUGGACUGUUGUUAACCAUCUCUUCGUUUGGGGAAGUUUAGGAAUGUUCUUUAUAUUGACAUUCGCUAUGUAUACCGAUGGACUUUUCCGGUUACGUCCAUCUUCUUUUGCAUUUGUUGGAACUGCCCGGAAUUGUCUCAACCAGUCCAACGUGUGGCUGACUGUUGCAUUGACAGCUCUACUGUGUGUGUUGCCUGUGUUUGCUUAUCGGUUCCUCUACACCCAGAUCUGUCCUACAAUCAAUGACAAGGUGAGGUAUAAGGUGUAUAAGAUGAAGGAGCCCGCUCCUCGCCCGCGGCGCGCCAGGCUCACCCGCAGGAGCACACGACGAUCUGGUUACGCCUUCUCUCACGCCCAAGGUUAUGGUGACCUUGUGACCUCUCGCAGAUUCCUGCGGCGGCCUGCACCCGCUCGUUCCACGGGCUUCACUCCCACAGGACGCUCUCCGGGGUUUAAGCCUACAGGUCGGUCUGCGGGGUACAGCCCGGUCGGGCAAGAACAGAACCCCAAACAGAAAGUAGAACCCACGUCACUGCAGAUGUUCCGUGCUGUUAAAGACUCUUCCUUUUGAGGGUGCAGCUUUUCAUUCAGAGCUAGAACCAAAACCUUAAACACCGUUUACAGGAUUUGAACUCUUGAGGACCAUUUCACAGCUGCUGUUUUUUGUUGAUAUGUAUAGCAGUGUUGACACACACUAAGAACAAUGAUUCCUAAAUGUACGAAAUCUUGUGUGCAUAGACACACUUGUUACUUAAAAUGCAUGUGUGGUCUACAGCAAGAACAAACUGAAAUACCCAUCAUGCUGAAGGACAGCAAGUACUGUCAUCACUACUAUGGGAAUGAUAUACAUACUGGACUGUAAGAGAACAGAAAACAAUGAAAGCACACCACAGUGAUGUCACAGAGGAAGUCGAAAAGGAGUGAUCUAGACUGCCCAAAACACUGUUUCCUGUUCUUUUCCUCUACCAGGUACUAUGUCCACUACUGCCUAUUGACAUCCUGAGUUCAAUAUACACCAUACUUUUGUCAUAUCAUAUUUUUUAUCCUUUAUUUUAUUUCCUGAGGUCCAUUUAUACUGCUUAUUAAAAAAUUUUUACACCAGAACAGUCAUAAUUUAGUUUCUCGUGACCAUUUUCCUCCCUCUCUCUGACCUUUUAUAAUUAAACAGCUCUUUUUUUUGCUACUGUACCUUUUAAGAGCUCUGUAAUAAGGGCCGCCUUAGCAUGGGAAAUGAAUAAAAUCCGGCCCUCAAAUAGUUAAGAUUGGACUGACGUGAUCAAGGACCUUGUUAAAAAUAAACGUCAGACGCUCUUUACUAAUUUUGGGAUCCGCUGGAAGUCGAUGCAGAGUAACACAUGCUAUGGUAACUAACAGCCAGAAAAAGCACAAUGUCACAAAGGCUUAACACAUCUUUCAACCUUUACCAACUUGUUACCAGCUACAAUAACCAUAUCUUAUUUAUCUGGUGUUUAGGAAUAGUAGUAUCCCACUUCCUCCUCAUUAUUUCACUGUGACUAGGCAGUCCAAGCUGCUGAACAGGUGUUUAUUGUUGGUAAAUAUAUAUAUAUAUAUAUUUUUUUUUUUUUUUUUUUUUUUGUGUAUUCAUCACUUUGACAUUAUAAAAAACAAGAGCUUUUUUGAGAAGGACAGGAGUUUUGACUUCUGGAAGUAUGUUUACAACAUUCUUUUAUUUCAAAAGAUAAAGGAACUUUUUUUUUUUUUUUUUUUUUCAGAGCUGAAACGAAAACACAAAUCAUAGUAUUACAUACCUGUAGAGUGCCAUGCAUAUGACUUUGACUUUAAAAAAAAAAAAAUCAGUGUUAGCACAAGGAAUCUACUUUUUAAUUACAGUUCGUUCAUAUGGUUUGGGAUCAUUGUACAAUUAUUUUUUAUACGUGUAUUUUCAAUACAGGAAAGAAACUUCAGAAUUCAGCUUAACUCUGUAAACUAAUAUAUAUCAUAUCCAUAAACUAAUUGUACUGUACUAUGCAAAUCCUUCUGUACAAGCAACAAAAUAUUUUAUACAAAUAAAAUGCAUUUUACACUUUU